AUGAUGCUUUUGUCAUACUUUGAAUUAUUUUUUGAUAACUCUCUCAUGGACAUAAUUCUAACUGAAACAAACGGAUAUGCAUUUCAACAUCCAGGAUCAUCACAGAACCUAUGGUCACCGAUUACUAUGGAAGAAUUAUACAUAUUUUUAGCCAUAACUAUACUACAAGGUAUAAUUAGAAAGCCUGAGAUAAGGAUGUAUUGGUCAAAAGUUGAAAUUUUUCAAUCACCUAUUUUUCCGAAGCUCCUUAGCUUUCGUCGCUAUUCUGAGAUAAAAAGAUAUCUUCACUUCUCUAACAAUGAAACUUACGAUGCUGAGAUUCACCCCCAUCCCAAGCUCAAUAAGAUAUGGCCUGUAUUUGACCAUAUAAAUAAAAAGUGUUCUUCUCUAUAUACACCGGAAAGAGAUAUCAGGAUAGACGAAAGUCUACUACUGUAUAAAGGGCGAAUGAAAUGGAAGCAAUAUAUACCACUGAAACGAGCUCGUUUCGGAAUAAAGAUGUACCUUCUUUGUGAAUCAAAAACCGGUUACUUAUAUUCAUCCAUUAUAUAUACCGGAAAAGGAACGAAUCUGAGCGAUGCAUAUCGAGAAAUGCCGGUAUCAACUCAAGUAGUGUUGUCACUGAUUGAACCGUUAUUAGAUAAAGGGUACUGUUUGACGACUGACAACUUUUAUACUUCUCCACAAUUAGCGGAUUUCCUGGUAAAACGUCAAACAGAUACCUACGGGACUCUGAAAAGUACCAGAAAAGAAGUUCCAUCUGAAAUUAGAAAUAAAAAAUUGAAAAAGGGAGAUGUUAUAGCGUUUCAGAGAGGAAAAGUAAUGGCGAUGAAGUGGAAAGACAAAAAAGAUGUCUGUUUGCUUUCAACAAUCCAUAACACACAUCAGGAAAAUACAAGUAAAACAGCCAAUGAAUGGUACUCAAAUAAAGAAACCCAAAAGUUGUAA